AAUAAAAAAAAGGAGAGAGCUUGACUUUGUUGAAUUCCAUUCUGAUUCCAUAUGAAAAAGCUAAAUUGAAAAGUUGUUUCCCACCUACACCUCUCUUGACUCUAUCUCUCUCUUAUGUACCAGUGUACAACUGCACAUUGAUAGAUAGAACUAUAAGGCCUCUUCUCUCUCUCUCUCUCUCUCUCUCUGUGCAAACUCAGACUUUUCUGGAGACUUUUGUGUAGAGCAAGGCCGCCUUCAGUUAGAUCCAUCACCCAGUUCUCUGAUAUAAAAAAAGCUCUAUAUUCUUCACUCUCUGAUUUCUUCUCUUCAAUCUCCACGACUUUCAAAAACUUAGCAGAUGGCUACGACAUUGGAACGAUCCCUUAAGCUUCCGAAGAGGACAGAAUCAAGACUGACUCGUUCAUGGUGGUGGGAUAGUCAUGUCAGUCCAAAAAAUUCAAAGUGGCUUGCAGAGAAUCUUGAGGAGAUGGACCAGAGCAUCAAAUGUAUGUUGAAGUUGAUUGAAGAGGAUGGAGACUCAUUUGCCAAAAAGGCUGAGAUGUAUUAUCAAAAGAGACCUGAAUUGAUUUCUCAUGUUGAGGAGAUUUACCGCAUUUACCGGUCACUAGCUGAGCGAUAUGAUCAUGUGACUGGAGAAUUGAGGAAGAAUAUUCCCUCAGAACUCCAAUCCCAGGGCUCAGUCAAUUCUGACAUUAGCUUUGACUUGUCCUAUAAUUCUGAUCAUAAGUUGGGUCGUCGUAGAUCUAGCCACCGAGCUGCUGGUUUUGAUUACUUCCUUGGCUCUAGUGGAAACGGCACUGAUAUCAGCCAGAAAGAAGGGGAUGAAACAUCUACAUUGACGGACUCUGAAGCAGAAUCUGAUGAUUCCUCGGUCAACAAUUACUCAGUUCUAUCAGGAAACGGUGGUGAUCAAAGGGUGAACAGGAAGACAAUUGAAUUGGAGAUUGAGCUCCGUGAAAUGAAAGAAAGGCUCCAAAUGCAACAUGAAGAGAAUGCCGAUGGUUCAUUGAGGGGAGCAAAAAUCGAAAAUCCUGAUGAUUUCAAUGCUAGAAUUGCACUGUAUGAGCAAGAGCUGAGGAUUGCAAAUGAAAAAAUACGCCUUUCAGAAGAAGAGAAAACUCGGCUGAAGAUUGAAAACCAAAGAUAUAAGUCACCGGAAUUCGGUAAUGAUAACCAGUCAGAGCUUGGAUCGUCAACACUGGAAGAUAUGAAGAUGCGGGAUGCUGAGCUGGACUUAGAAAUUAAUCGGACACCAGAUAUUCUAGAAAGGAUUGGUGAGUCAGAGUCAGACAUUUUGGACCAAGAUGGCAAGAUUAAAGCAUUGGUGGAUGAGCUGAGAAUCAACAGAGAAAGGCUUCAGGACUCGGAGAAGGAAAUUGCUAGUUUGAAGCUUGAACUUCAAUCCUCUGGAAACAUAUGCCAUUUGCAGGAGCAGCUUGAAUCGGCUAAAAAAGAAAUCACUUCCUGGAAAACAAAAUUCAACUCAGAGAAAAGAGAGGUCACCAAGCUGCAGGAAAGAAUUUCCAGGUUGAAAGCUAGUUUAUCAGACCGGGAUCGUGAGAUCAGGGAUUUGAAACAAGAAGUAUCUGAUGCUGAGCAGAAGAUUUUUCCUGAAAAAUCACAAUUAAAAACGGAAAUGUCUAAAGUGUUGGAGGAACGUGCUCGUUUGAAGGAGGAGGUCAGAGAUUGGGAAAGUCGUGCUCGUUUGCUAGAAGAUGAGAUCAGAAUGGCCAAGGCUGAAAAGAUGGAAAUGGAGGAAAGACUUACCGGUGAACUUGUGCAGUUGAGGGCAGAAAUUGAUGAGAGGGACGUUCGCAUAGAAAAUUUGAAUAAGAGCCUUGACACGUUAACAUCAGAAAGAGAUGAACUUAAUGCAAAUGUUCAGGCACUCAAAGCAGAGGUGAGUACUAGAGAUGACCGCAUUGACGAAAUGGAUGUGUAUUUGCAGCAAUUACAAGUGGAACAUGUGGAACUUAGGACUAAAAUGGACGGGGCUCGUAACUUGUUGGAGGAGCUGAGAUCAAGAGCAAAGGAACUUGAGGGGGAGAUUGAGAAGCAAAAAGCUGUGAUCUUGGAAGGAGCAGAGGAGAAACGAGAGGCUAUAAGGCAGCUAUGCUUUUCUCUCGAGCAUUAUAGGAAUGGAUAUCAUAUGCUUCGGGAGGCUUUUAUGGGGAACAAGCGAGUUCCAGUUCUGGCAUCAUAAUAACUUUACCUAUGUAAAAUACUAAACUUACAUAUAUUUCUUCUUCUAAGUCAUUUGUUUUUUUCCCAGAGUGAAUAAUUCAUUUUCUGGGUUUGGAAGUACCAACUCUUACUAUGGAGUGUGGACCAUGAUAUAUGGUUUUCAUGGUACAUCAGUGUGUAUAUAUAUAUGUUGUGCAUGUAAUGCAGGAGUUUCCUGUUUUUAGGGGCUGUCUGGUGACAUAGAAA